AUGACUCAACUUGAGGACUCCACGACGCGAUCGACGACCAGUGCUACACACGCCACGACCAAUGGAUAUGCAGAGAGCUGGGAGAAGGUAGGGCGCGCCACCAGCCCUGGACGGUUCGGAGACGAUGAUGGUGAUUGGGAGGACGAGGAAAUUAUCCAUGACACGCACAGGGACAACCCCAGCCCCGCUCGUCCCGCCAGUUCUACCGGCAACCACGCAAGUUCUCGUGCGACACCGCGCAGACGACGACGUCCUAUUCAGACGAGGAAUGGAUCGCGUGUUCAAGCAGCGCAAGCUCAAGCCCCGAUACCGCCUCCCCCGGCGCCCCAGCCAGCUAUUCAACCCCUGAGAGUGAAGCAAGAGCAAGAGCUGCAGCCGCCUCUCAUCGCGACCGAAGACGUGAUCAACGGAGCCGUGCAGGGUACAUUAUUCACCGCUCGCUACUCUCUAGACGUCUUCAGCAAAGCCGUCAAUUGGCUUAAGAUCCCGUUGGCUUUUCUGCUGGCUCUGUGGCUUCUAGCAAUCAUAUUCACAUAUGUCUCUGUACAACUCGGCUCUGUCUUCCGUCCACUUUGUAUCCUCCCGGGUAUUUCACGCAGUGCCAUGUGCCAACCUUGGGUCGUCCCUCCUCCCACUGGACGACGCGCGCAGCGAGCGGAUUAUCCAGCCUUGAUAGAUGCCCAGAGCAAGACCUUUGAACAGUUGAUGGAUGAGUCCGUUGGAGGCUCAGCAUUAUCUCUCGAAAUCAAGAAUGCAGAAAUGGCUACCAAGGAUCUUGUAUCCCUUGUCCGUAUUAGCAACAUGAAGGCGAAGGAUACUUUGGCGCGAUCGCUGGAAGAGUUUGUCUUGGAUGCAAAGAAGACAGGCAGAGGCUUGCAGAAGUUAACAGCCAAAGUUGGCGGAGCCGUCGACAAUAUCAUGGCGUCAAACGAUCAUGCUCUUCAUACCAUCGAAAGUGCACGAGCAAAUCCGCCUUCUCGCUGGGGUGAACUCAUACCAUGGGGUCCCAAACGCCGUACCACAGAUGAAAUCGUCACAGAAACCUUCGAAGACGCCAUGAACGUCCUAUCAAACAACAUGCAACGCCUCAUCGUCGAAGCGGAGCGUAGCUACCAAAAUCUGCUCGAUCUCGAAGAGAAGCUUGCUACACUGCACGAACUCCUCUCCCGCGAAGACCAGACCAUCUCCAAAGAGAAGGAGGACCUCCUCGCACAGCUGUGGACCAUCCUCGGCGGCAACCAACGGAAAGUGCGGAAUUUCGACAGCCACCUGGCGCUGUUGAAGGAGCUGAGCGUGUACAGGAAGCAGGCACUCGCUCAUGUCACCGCCGCGUUGAUGACGUUGCGCAGCAUGAGCGAGGAUAUGGAAGACAUGCGAGAGCGGGUGGCUGCUCCUGAUCUGCUGGGGCCGUCGGUGCCGGUGGAAGUGCAUAUGAAGAGUAUCCGGAUGGGAUUGGAGAGGUUGCGAGAAGGCAGAGUCAGGGCGAAGAGAUUGGAGGAGGAAGCUGUUCGUCGGAUUCUGAAUGGAGGUGUGGAGGGGCAGUGA